CUCGCAUUCCCACUCCCACAGGAAGCAUCAUCAUCACAAUAGGAGCAAAAGCGCGCCCCGGGCGUCGGAGAAACCGCCCAGAAAGCGUCACCUAAAUCCCGGACAAAGUCUCGCCUCCAUCCCCAAUCAGAUCAAGUUGUCGAUGCUGAACAGCGGCCUCAUCUCCUUCGCCUCGGAAGAGUACGACAGCAGUAAAAUGAACACCACAUUGCCGACCGCGCCGACCGAGCUAUCGCAGUUUCCGAAGCUCUGCGAGCUGCGUAGAAAAUUCCCGGUCCUGUACCGGUUGGAGUUUCAGACAGCGUUGAAGGUGGAAACGCAUUCGUGCAGACACGCCAUGAAACCGGCGAACAAGGAGAAGAAUCAGAAUCAAAAGUGUAUUCCAUAUGACUAUAAUAGGGUAGUGUUGGAGACGAUAGAGGGCGAGUCCGAUUCCGAUUACAUUAAUGCGUCCUAUGUAGAUAGUAUACUGAAGCCAAACGCUUACAUCGUCACUCAGGGACCUAUGGAGAACACGGUGACAGAAUUCUGGCGAAUGGUCUGGCAGGAACAAGCUUCCUGCAUUGUUAUGCUCACGAAAACCUUCGACUUUAUCAUGGUGAUGUGUGUGCAGUACUGGCCGGCGAGCAAAGACAAAGACGAGGAGUACGGCGGUAUUGGCGUUUCCGUGUUGAAGGAAGAGGAACUCGCCAAUUUUCACAUAAGGACAAUACGGCUCUACAAGAAGAACGAGAACGACGAGAUUACGGAAGAGAGAACGUUGCUGCAGUUUCAUUACACCGCAUGGCACUCGCACACGUGUCCCUUCGGUACCGCGGUGCUGGAAUUUCGACGGCGCGUAAGGGCGGUCGUGGGAUCGACCAUAAAGAACGAAUCCGGACCCAUGAUCGUUCAUUGCAAUGACGGCGGCGGACGAUCGGGGGUGUACUUAGCGAUCGACGCGAAUAUGGAGCUGGCCGAGGAGGAGGACGCGUUCGACGUGUUCGGUUAUCUGAAGAAACUCAAGCAGAGCAGAAAAGGGCUUAUAGAAAAUAUGGAACAGUACAAAUUUAUAUACGACACGCUCGAGGAGUUCGUCGUGUGCGGCACGUCGUGGUUUCCCGUGGCGGAGUUGUCACAACGCCUGAAGCAAAAGAGCAUAAAGAAUCCGAUAACCAAGAUGAACGAGUACCAGCGGGAGUAUCAGCAGAUUUGCAAGCAGACGCCGCGUUUUACGAUCGGCGACUGCGCCGGCGGACACAGGGCCGACAAUAGGGAGAAGAACAGGGACGUCUUGGUGGUGCCACCGGACAACUUUCGACCGUACCUCACUAGUUUCCAGGGCAACAGUUUCACGGAUUACAUAAACGCCGUCUUUGUGGACGGUUACACGAAACCGAGAGAAUAUAUCGUAACAGAAUGGCCCCUUCGGCACACGUGCGGCGAAUUCUGGUCCUUGGUUUACGACUACGAGUGCGCCGCUGUAGUGGUACUGUGCGUGCCACCUCAGGGAUCUACAAAUUUCCCGAGCUUUUGGCCGGAAGGAAGACAUUCGAAGAAAUAUGGCCCCGUGUUCACGAUCGACCAUAUCAGCCAUAACCAUUACACGAAUAUAAAAACCUGGGUUUUUAGGGUAAAUAAGAAAAUUGUCUCGCUGACGGAACUGAUGGCGGGUGUGAAGGCGCCGCCGAAAACCGUGCAAUUGUUCCAACUGACUUGUUGGCCAAUGGGCCACAAAGUGCCCACCUCCACGAACAGUUUGGUCGAGCUCAUGAAUAUGGUCGAGAGAUGGAGGCAACGAACGGACUACGGGCCAGUGGCUGUGGUCUCGCCCGACGGCAGAAGCCGUUGCGGGGUCUAUUGUGCCGCCAACGCGUGCAUCGAACAAGUCAUUCAGCACGGAGAAGUUGAUAUUUUCCAAGCUGUCAAGACUGUGCGCAGGCACAGGCCUCAGCUUGUGGAAAAUAUGACGGAGUACAAAUAUUGCUACGAUCUGGUUCUGCACUACGUGCUACACUAUCUGAAUAAAGAAACAUACGAGAAGAAGUGAGAAAACGAGUUGAGGGACGAGCUGUGGUUCAUCGAAUU